UGGUGGGCUUUUCUCCAUUUGGCUAAGCAUCCCUUUAGACACUUGGUUUCUGCUUCAACAGAAUGUUUGUGCAGUGCGAUCUCCCCCUUUAGUUACAGGGACAAGAAGCCCUAAGAGGACAUUUGGAAAUUUGGUAACCUGUACAUUUGAUUUUUUAAGUUUUGUUUGUAGGACAAGAUAACAUUCUGGGUGAUCAAGAGAGAGCUAUAUUCAAUCUUGCAGCCCCUAGGGUGUAUUUUGCUGAAUUAAGAACUUUUAGCUAUGAUUCUAAGGAAAUGAAAAAAAUAAAUAACUCUUAUUGUAACACUAUCUAGCCCCAGUGAUUCCUAGGAUCCAGGGAACAAUGACCAAGGAAAGGGUAUUUAAAUUAGGUGAAUAUUUUCCGAUUAGAAUUGUUUUGUGGGAAAAAUAAAAGUAACAUGCUUAGUAUUUUAUUAAUAGUUAGAGGGUCUACAGGCACAGAAGUAACUUGUUUGUGUCAAUUUAUAUCAGUAAAGUUAACAAAUCUAAGUAGUCUUUUCUGAUGCUACGCCUCUGCCUUUUCUUGAAAUGGGGAAAAAGAGAUUAGAACUAUGACACCUAGCCCAGAAAGGGAAGGGUUCCAUUUUUUCCCCUCACCCAUUCCUAACAUAACUCUGGACCUCAUUUGCCCUUCAGAGUAUACAACUUCCAGUGGUUUGGCCUUUCUUGGAGGAGCAAUUUGUGAGGUUCCCAUGUGCAUUGGUAGACAUUAAAUGUCUGCGUGCCUUUUCCUUUACUGAUAUGCCUCUUCGGUCAGUGGUUUUCAGUGAACCUCAGGGCGAUUUCCUUGGUCCCUAUAGAUUUGUCGUGGUGAGCAGGGUAAACCAAAGCUCUUCUGGAAAUCACAGUCAAGAGAAUUCAGGACCUGACAAGUGAGCAAAAAUGGAUGAUUCCUGGAGAUUCAAGAUAAAGUAUUUUAUGAAACCUGUCUUCAAACCUUCCCUGCUCUGACUUCAUAGAUUUUCUUUACCAAGACAAACAGAAAAUGAACAAGUUCCAGGGAUUAGUGACAUUAGAGGAUGUUAUAGUGGAAUUCACCAAGGAGGAGUGGAAAUUACUAACCCCUGCUCAGAGGACCUUGUACCGAGAUGUAAUGCUGGAAAACUAUGGUCACCUGGUCUCAGUGGGUUAUCGUGUGAAUAAGUCAAACGUGGUCUUCAAGCUUAAGCAAGGGAAAGAGCCAUGGAUAUUAGAAGUAGAAUUUCCACAUCAAAGCUAUCCUGAAAACCUAUGGAAAAUUCAUGACUUAAAAGCAAGAUACGAGAAAAGCCAAGUUGGAAGUUCAAGGAAUGGAGAACUCAGAAAACACCAGAAAACUCCUACCAGUGAAAAAACCUAUGAGUGUAAUAAAUGUGGAAAGUCCUUCUGCCAGAAGUCUGCCCUCAUAGUACAUCAUCAUACUCAUUCAAAGGACAAAUCCUAUGAAUGUGAUAAAUGUGGGAAAUAUUUCACAAAAAAUGAAGACCUCACAAUACAUCAGAAAAUUCACACAAGAGAGAAAACCUAUGAGUGUAAAGAAUGUAAGAAAAUUUUCUACCACCUUUCAUCUCUCAGUAGACAUCUGAGAACCCAUGCAGGGGAAAAACCCUAUGAAUGUAAUCAAUGUGAGAAAUCUUUCUACCAGAAGCCACACCUUGUAGAGCAUCAGAAAACACACACAGGAGAGAAACCCUUUGAGUGUACUGAAUGUGGGAAGUUCUUCUAUGUGAAGGCAUACCUCAUGGUACAUCAGAAAACACACACAGGGGAGAAGCCCUAUGAGUGUAAGGAAUGUGGGAAAGCCUUUUCCCAGAAGUCACACCUUACAGUACAUCAAAGAACACACACAGGGGAGAAACCCUAUAAGUGUAAGGAAUGUGGGAAAUUCUUCUCUAGGAAUUCACACCUCAAAACCCAUCAGAGAACUCACACAGGAGAGAAGCCCUAUGAAUGUAAGGAAUGUAGGAAAUGCUUCUACCAGAAGUCAGCCCUCACAGUCCAUCAACGAACUCACACAGGGGAGAAACCUUUUGAAUGUAAUAAAUGUGGGAAACACUUUUAUUAUAAGUCAGAUCUUACUAAACAUCAGAGAAAACAUACAGGGGAGAAGCCCUAUGAAUGUACAGAAUGUGGAAAAUCUUUUUCUGUGAAUUCAGUCCUCCGAUUACACCAAAGGACUCACACAGGAGAGAAACCCUAUGAAUGCAAGGAAUGUGGGAAAUCCUUUUCUCAGAAGUCACAUUUUAUCAUACAUCAGAGAAAACACACAGGAGAGAAGCCUUAUGAGUGUCAAGAGUGUGGGGAUACCUUUAUCCAGAAGUCACAACUCACAGCACAUCAAAAGACACAUGCAAAGAGGGGGAAAGCAGCAAAUAGUAUGAGUUGAAAAAGUCUUCUGUCUGAACUCAUCCUUCAGACUAAUCAGAUAAUUCACACAAAAUAGCAGCUUAUGAAUAUCAUCAGUAUGGGAGAAUUUCCAGCUAUAGCCUUUCCUCACAGCAUAUACACAGAAAUUCCAAAAAUUUAAGGGGGAGAAAUUUUUACCCUUAUGGUAGACCUUUCUAAAUAUCAGACAAUACAGAUGACAGAAACCGUACAAAUUGUAAAACAUGAGGGAAAGCCUUUUUUCAGAAGUCAUACUUUGUUUUACAAUAUUAAAAAUCCACACAGGUGGACCAGCACCAUAGCUCAGUGGUUAAGGGAGCCAGAUCCCACAUAACUAACCUCAGUUUGCAUUCCCAGCUGGCUUGA